AACCAGCAGGGAACCGGGCGUGAGGGAGCACGACCAUUGUGCGGAGCCCGGCGGGAAUCGAAACAGAAAGUGCAGAUGCAGCACCGCACCCCAUGGAGCAGCCACUGCUACUGGCGACCUCGGACGGGCGGGGGGGGGGCAUACGGCUCUCCUCCUGGGGUCUCGAGGCUCUGCGGGCCCUGCCUGGUCCCCUGCACGUCAUCGCAGCGCUGGGGCCGCCCGGCGGAGGCUCUGUGUUCCUCGUGAACCAGCUGGCGGGACCGGGCUCCGGCUUUCCCGGCAGCCCUGGUCUGUGGAUGCGAAGCCGCCCGCACCCGACGUGGCCCGACCGCCAACUGGUGCUGCUGCACGCUGGAGGCUUCCUCGGGGGCGAGGACCCGGAGGAUGGCGCCGGGCUGUGGCUCUUCAUACUGCAGCUGCUGCUGGGCAACGUGCUGGUGUACAGCAGUGCCGAUGGCGGUGGCAACGCGCAGGAGCAGCUUGAGCUCCUCUCCUACGCCCGGAUGGUGCCACGCCACCUGCGCCUGCUGGAGGAGGAUGAAGAAGACCAAGACCAUCUGCUGCACUUAGCGCUGCCGCCCUUUGUCUGGUGCCUGCGCAGCGCAGACCUGGCACCCGAGGACGAGGAUGUGCUGGAGGCUGAGGACCACGAGCUGGAGCCAGCGCUGGGCGGCCCCCCAGGCCCCAUAGCGCGCUGUAUCCUGGCUUUGUUCCCUGAGAAGAAGCUGUUCCAUGUGGCUGACAGCAAUGCCGAGGGCCUAGCCCGGCUCUGCACCCACCUGCUGGGCUGCGGCCUCAAAACAGCACCUGGGGGGGUGCAGGUGGGCGGUGCCUACCUGGCGGCACUGGCAGAGCGCGUGGUGGAUGCAAUGCAAGGGGGUUCAGUGCUGCAAAUUGGGCGGCUCUGCCAGGAGGCCAAGGAGAUGGCACAGCAGGAGCCUGGUGACAAGUGGCAGGAUGACACCAGCCGUUGGCCUGAUGACACCAAGCGGCCCAGUAGCACCAACUUUUGUCAAGAUGACACUUUCCCGAAGAACAGGGACACCAUCCCAGAACAUGAUGACAUCCCGCAGGACAGCACCUCCCCAUGCCAUGAUGAUGCUGACGGUGACACCACCCAGCAACAGCAGGAUGCGGCCCGGGUGGAGGCACCAUCUCCCCACCCACUGUCCCCGAUGCCGGCCCCACUUUGCCUGGUGUGCAACACUGACAACAACAAACUGUCACUCAACCCCACAGCGCUGGCAGUGCUACGUGAUAUCACCCAGCCCACGGUGGUGGUGGCCAUCGCCGGGCCCUACCGCACUGGCAAGUCCUUCUUGAUGAACCGGCUGGCAAAGCGGCGCACUGGUUUCCCACUGGGCCCCACAGUGCGGGCGGAGACCAAGGGCAUCUGGAUGUGGUGCCUGCCGCACCCACGCCGGCGUGGUGUGGCACUGGUGCUGCUGGACACCGAGGGGCUGGGAGACCCCAACAAGGGUGACAGCAGCAAUGACGCCUGGCUCUUCACACUGGCACUGCUGUUCUCCAGCACCCUGGUGUACAACAGCAUGGCCACCAUUGACCAGCAGGGGCUGGAUCAGCUGCGGCUGGUGACGGAGCUGACGAAUCACAUACGCGUGCGAGUGGAGGAUACUGACCCGGCAGCUGAGUUCAGCCGCGUCUUCCCCAGCUUGGUCUGGACUGUGCGUGACUUCACACUGCAGCUGCGGGAGGGCGAGCGUCAGCUGACUGAGGAUGAGUACCUGGAGGAUGCUCUGCGCUUCAGGCCCGGGAGCGGGCGCAUGGUGCAGGAGCGCAAUGAGAUGCGGCGCUGCCUCCGCGACUUCUUCCCGUGCCGCAAGCUGUUUGUGAUGGAGCGACCGACGUGUGAUGCAAACCUGGCACUACUGGAGAAGGUGCAGGAGAAUGAACUACAGCCAGGCUUCCGGAAACAGGCAGAUGCCUUCUGCAGGCACAUCUGGGAGAAGGCGCCAGUGAAGGUGUUGCCAGGCGGGCGCCAGGUGACGGGCACCAUGCUGGCCUCCCUGGCGGAGAAAUAUGUGGACGCUAUCAAGAAAGGUGAAGUGCCUUGUGUGGAGAGUGCAGUGACAGCACUGGCACGGGCCGAGAACACCGCGGCAGUGGCAGCAGCAAUGGCUGAGUACUGGCAGGGCAUGGAGCAGAACCUGGUGCUGCCCACGGACUCGCGCACCACGCUGGUGGACAUGCACCAGGUCUGGGAGCGCCAUGCUGUCACCUUCUUCCUGUCCCGUGCCUUUGCCGACAACGAGCGCACCUACCAGUGUCAGCUGAUGCGAGAGCUGGAGGCGGCCAAGGAGGAGUUCUGCCGGCGCAACGAGGAGGCGUCGGAGCAGCGUUGCCGGGCAGUGCUGCGGGAGCUGUGGCAAGACGUAGAGCAGCGCCUGAAGCGUGGGGACUAUGCAGCACCUGGUGGUGCCCAGAUGUUCCAGGAUGAUCUGGGCCACGUGCUGGAAAAGUACCAGUGGUGGCCUGAAAAGGGCGUUAAGGCGGACGCGGUGCUGGAGGUAUUCCUGCGGGAGCGCGAGCCACUGGCACAGGCGCUGCAAGCGACCGACGCGCACCUGAUGAUGAUGGAGCGGGAGCGGAAGGCAGCAGCAGCCAAGGAGGCUGCAGCCAGGGAGGCAGAGGUAGCACGCCUGAAGGAGCAGCAGCGCAGCCUGGAGGAGCACAGCCGGCAGUUGGAGCAGCGGCUGCGGGAGGAGCAGCGCCUGCGGCUGGAGGAACAGGACCGCAUGCUGGAGCACCGCCUGAAGGAACAUCGGGCGCUGGUGGAGGAGGGUUACAAGCGUGACGCAGAGGCGAUGCGGCGGCAGAUUGACCGGCUGCGGGAGGAGAAGAAGAGGAUCGAGAAGCCCUCAUGGAUCAGCUCGGCCGUGGACCUGCUGGGCAGCGUGGCUUCACUCUUCCUGCCCGGCGUGGUUGGCAAGGUAGCGGGCUUAGUCACCAACGUGGUGAAGCGCAUAUUCUAGCCCUGCCACCUGUCCCUGUGUCCUGGUUUCAGCUACAACAGGGUUGAAUUUUCAUUCAUGGUGCUUGGUAUGACAUUAUGUUUUGGCUUUCGGAGAAAAACAGUACUGAUAAUAUACACUGACAGUAUUGAUAAUACACUGAUGUUUUAGCUGUUGCUGAGCAGUGCUGCACAGAGCCGAGGACAUUUCAGUUUCUCUGCUUCUCCUACUGCUCUUCCAGUGAGGAGGGCUGAGGAGGAUGCAGGGAGUUGGGUGGGGACAGAACUGAGACACCUGACCUAAACUGGCCAAAGGAAUAUUCCAUACCAUAUGAUAUCAGUUUGAUAAUUGCUAGUUAUUAUACUAAUUCAUAUGCACAGAUAUUUCAGAGUAUUUUCUUGGAACUAUAUCAUUUAACACCUUACUUGCCAUUUAUGUACCCUGUUGCUUUGUUUACCAUCUCUUGGAGCUGGAUUAAAGUUGUUGUUUUGCUGUGCUUUGUGAUCUUGGCUUACAAUAUGAUAAAAUUUGUUUCCCUACGUAA